AUGGUGAAGGAAGUAUUCAUCUACAGGAAACUGACUUUGUUUCCAAAGGCCACGCCUCGCAAAUUACUGGUGACGUUGAUAUGUAUGUUAAUUUUCUGGAUCGUUUACUUGGCUUCAAAAGAAUACACAAAGUUCUUGUUCAGCUUGAAAACCCAUAUUGCCUUGAAUCAACGGAACAUCUUCAAAAGUUUCUCAUGUUCAGAAGCACCACAGAAAACACCUGUUUGGUCAACAGAGACUGAGCUGAGAAUACAGGAAAUCAUGGCGAAACUAGACCAGCAGAUCCCGCCCAGACCUUUCACUCAUGUGAACACCACCACCAGUGCCUCACACAGCACAGCCACCAUCCUCAACCCUCAACACACAUACUGCAUGGGGGACCAGCUGGACGUCCUGCUGGAGGCGAGGGACCACUUGGGGCACCGGAAACAAUAUGGUGGGGAUUUCCUGAGGGCCAGGAUGUCCUCCCCAGCCCUGGAGGCAGGCGCUGCAGGAAAGGUGACCGACUUCAACAAUGGUAACUACCUUGUCACCUUCACUCUAUUCUGGGAGGGCCAGGUCACCCUGUCUGUCCUGCUCAUCCACCCCAGUGAGGGGGCAUCGGCCCUCUGGAGGGCCAGGAACCGAGGCUAUGAUAGGGUUAUUUUCAAAGGUAAAUUUGUUAACGUCACCUCCCAUGUCUUCACUGAAUGUGGCCUGACCCCAAUGUCAAGGGCAGAGCUCUGUGAAUACCUGGACGCUAGAGACCAAGAAGCCUUCUACUGUGUGAAGCCUCCACACAUGCCCUGUGAGGCCCUGACUCACAUGUUCAGCAAGAAUCGGAACAUUUCUUAUCUCACUGACCAGGAAAAAAGCCUUUUCCACAGGUCCAACAUGGGGGUUGAAAUGUUGAAGAACUUUACCACCAUCAAGGUCUUACCGUGUAACAGGCAUGAGAACAUUAAACAGAAAUGUCAGAUUGGAAUGAAGACACCUUUUCCCAGUGGUUAUACUUUGAACAGAAGGUGGAUUUCAGCAUUUUGCAAACAGAACAAGUUCAAUGCAAUGAAAUAUAUCAAUGACUGCUUGAAAGGGAAACUUAUUUACCUCAUGGGAGAUUCAACACUACGUCAGUGGAUUUAUUACUUUAAAAAAGUUGUGGAAACCUUAAAAUUUUUUGACCGUCAUGGAACUGGGUACUUUAGAACACAUGUUCUUCUGGAUGUUGAAAGAAAUAUUUUGAUUCAGUGGAAGAAACAUGGUCAACCAUUUGUUACCAAAAGGCUGUUCUCGGUGAAAGAUGAAAACUAUAUCUCACGGGAAAUUGACCGGGUAGCAGGAGACAAUAAUACGACCAUUGUCAUUACUCUUGGCCAGCACUUCAGACCCUUUCCUGUCAACAUUUUCAUCCGUAGGGUCAUCAAUAUUCAAAAAGCCAUUGACCGGCUAUUCUUGAGAAGUCCAGAGACCAAGGUGAUACUUAAAACAGAAAACAUCAGGGAGAUUCCUCAAAAUGCAGAGAUGUUCAGUGACUUUCAUGGCUAUAUUCAGAAUCUUAUUAUGAGGGACAUUUUCACGGAUCUCAACGUGGGUAUCAUUGAUGCCUGGGACAUGACAAUUGCAUAUUGUGCUAAUAACGUCCAUCCGCCCUAUUAUGUGAUUGAAAAUCAGGUUGGCAUGUUCUUAAACUACCUUUGCUAG